GCCCAAAAAGCACAAGAGCAAGCACCGGAAACGAAGCAAAUCGCGCUCGUCCUCCCAUCACCACCGGAGCAGCUACGAUAAAUACAGAGAGCGCAGCUCCAAAUCCAGGUAAUAUUGCCGUGCGGAAACAGUGUCCGUCCGUCGGUGGCCGGUGGCCGCGCAUUACGCUUGAGAUUACCAGGUUCCAGAUCACGCGACGCGACCCUUCCAGGGGCUGCGAUGCGUUCCUUAAACCGUUCUACCCCCGCCCUAUCCUAUAAUACCACCGCGAAAAUGCACCUACCUUCCCCCUCCCUUUCAUCUUCCUUUCAACCCACGCAACAACUUCUAUCAUUCUUUCUACCGUGCUGGCGUACCUGGCCGGUUUGAAAUAGGUAGUCGUUUUGUUGGCCGCCUGGCAAACAUUAGCAUCCCCGAAACACAUGCCAUGUACAUCAUCUUUCCCCGAGUACGCAGCGCUUCAUCGAACAGGGAGUGAAAAAUCCAUCCCUUCCCGCAAACAGAGGGCCGGGAAUCGAUUUUUCGUCCUAUUCCGCAGGUCAUAAAUCGUUCACAUCUGUGUUCACCCAACCCCCAUCGUCAAACGAAGAGCGUCCGUCAGCGGUGGAUGCGAGUUGUUUCAGGAGCUGCUGCCAGCAUGAAAAAUAGCGAUGGAUUGACCCAAACAAGGCCUCGAAACGACCGAACGAACGGUCGACGGAUCACAUGGCAAGAACGGAGAUACUGAAUGAACGUGUUCGAAUUCGUAAACUUCCUCCUUCAAUGAAGCGUAUGUAGAAUUACCAAAGCAAAAGCACAAACGGAAGAAUCGUAACGAUAACGUUAUAGCUCUCGCAUCUAAUGGUCGCACCUAAGAAAUUCUGGCCCGUUGAUUAAUUAGCAAAAAGAAAACAGAAAAUGUGUCCGAUUGACACAGCUGCUGCAAUGAUUUAGGCGAUUAUGGGAUAACAGAAUGAAUGACUUCGCAUAGCCUGCUGCCGGCUAGAGAAUGUUCUAGCAGUACAGUAAUUCGGUUUGUUAUCUAGUUUAAGUUAAUAAUCUCUGUAUAUUUUACGUUGUACGAAGCUCAUCUGCCAAGAAUAAUUGUAUUUUUUCCGUAGUCCUCUGUCUAUAUAUUUAUAUACACAUGAAACCACAUACCACACACACAAACCCAUAUCCGCCUACGGUGCUGCUUAAUCUCGUUUCAACGUACUGAUGGAAUGUUUCGGUCAUUUUCUUUCUCUUUUCUGUGCCUGUUAAAUUCCGGCUACUCCCUUUUUGGCGGGUUCCCUUUCGGUAUCCGCGCGUGCAUCUGCUACUACCAACUCCCCCCCACCCCAUUUUUGCCUUUCCCGUGCCAAUCUACACGACGAUCUGUGCUGUGUUGUGCCCCGUCUCCUGUGCGCGCAUGUAGGAAACGCUCCAUCUCUGAGUCCUCCGAUAGUAGCAGCGAUGGUUCAAACAGUGGGUCCCGGCAUCACCACAAAAAGAGCUCCCGCAGCCGGAAGCUAACAGAGGUGGAACGUUUGGCAGAGAUGGAACGACAGCGUAGACAGAAGGAAGCCGAACAGAAGAUGAUUGAAGAAGAAGCAGCCAAGCGAAUAGAGCUGCUAGUGAAGAAACGUGUCGAGGAAGAGCUAGAAAAGCGCAAAGAUGAAAUUGAAACCGAGGUUCAGCGGCGUGUUGAGGCCGCCAAGAAGCAGAUGGAGCAGGAGAUGAUGCUCGAGCUGGAAAAACGAAGGGAGCAAGCUCGCGAAGAGGAACGCCGACGAGAGGAGGAAGAGCUUAAAAAGCGCCAGGAACUUGAGAAUAUUCUCGCUGAAAAUAAUCGCAAAAUCGAGGAGGCGCAACGCAAGUUGGCCGAAGAUCGCCUUGCGAUUAUCGAAGAGCAAAGAAAGAUGGACGAAGAGCGUCAAAAGAUGCGCAAAGAGCAAGAGAAACGCAUCAAAGAAGAGCAAAAGAUGAUCCUGGGCAAGAACAAUUCGAGACCGAAACUGUCGUUCUCGUUAAAACCGGGUGUAUCGUAAAUGAGAGAGUGGAUCGAUAAGUGUGUCGUGAUCGCGAGUGUGUGCGUGUGUGUGUCGUUGGCUAACUUUAGCCGUACCCCAUACCAUCAUAUCCACAAACAUCAGCAUCCGCUGUCCCUUCCGUGUAAUAUCCACUGUUUUUUACUGUUUUCUCUUCCGUUUUAAUUCAUGUCAGCAGUAAGAAUGUGUUAGAGAAAUAUUUCUAAUGCAAAACAUGUAGGCAAUUCUUAAACGUAACGAAGGAGCUACAAUUUUGAACACGGAAGGAGAAAUGUGAUGAUCCUUGUUUUUUUUUUGGAAAGGAAAUCUCCUUUCUCCACGUUGACCAUCGGCAAUUGAAGCAAUUGAUAACUGUGUUAUUGCUAACCAGACAAGCCUUCGUGUAUAUUGUGGUGGCGAUUGGUUUCGAGAUCGUUUUAAUAUGCAUGCUUUUGUUCGUUUGUUUGUUUAUAUUUUUAACAGCAAAACAACCAUUUUUUGUUGUAAAUUUUGGUAACAAUCGAAACCGCCUCCCGUAUGGUAUCGGGAUAGAGCGUGUCUACUUAAAUCGCGUAUCGCGAUUUUUCCUUGCUUCCAUUUAAAAGUGAUUUUUUAUUGAACCCGCUGUGUAACGCGUUCAGUUGGUGUUUCAGCAGCGUUUAUCUUCCUGUCUUUUGACGCUGGAAGCUUCAUUGCUGGUGCAUAUGUUGCCAUGUAUAAUGUAUCUAUUGUAGGAGGUUAAGCAAAGCAAUGUUUCCCUUUCUCUUGCUAUCUUUAUACACUUACAAGUAUAUGUAUAAGGCAAUCAAGUGUGAAAGCAAUUGAGACGAUUAUUUAUUGUAAAAUUUUCGUUUCUUUGUUUGUAAUUUCUUAUUAGUUUAGUUUGAAACGUCAACCACAAUGGAAGUACUUCUUAAUUUACAAUAACUUUGGUUUACUGAUUUUUGCUGUUGUGUUGACAAAAAAGUUACUUGAUAUUAAUGCAUUUUGUACAGAAGAACCCCUACGGAACCGAUUACUACUAAUUAGGUAAUCUUUGUAAGGCAGUUAUAUCGCUCAUCAGAAGAAGAAAAAAAUGUGCUCAUUGAUAAAUGACCACAACUUGAUUCAAUUAAUAAACUUCGGAGAAAGGUUUUCCCCUAAUUUACUAAAAAAAGUUGACAAUUGUAAAAAACAAUCGAUUUUGAAAGAAAUGUUUUGCUAACAAUUGCAAGCAAAUUUAAUAAAAAAAUAUAUACACGUGGAAGAACACAAAUUUAACACUAAAGAUACAAUUAGCAUACACAUAAAAUAAAAUAAUUAUGAACUUUAGCUUGUUCAAUAGCAAAAUACA